ACGGCGACCGUAACCAACCAUCAGCCGCGCCAACCCAACUAUCUCCCCCGUGCCGGCCCGGCCAUGCAUCUUCUCCUCCUAUAUCCUCCCGCGCCCACCAUCACCAGUCACCACCAGCACCAGGACCACCGCACCUGCACGUUCGCGCUCAGUUCGUCUAGAUCGAUCUCGCGUUCCCGUCUCCAACCAACGGUUAGAAGGACCAGCGGCCCGGCAUGCCGGCGAGCGGCUCGACGCAGGCGCUGGCGCCGCCGACGGCGCACCGAGGCGGCGGCGGCGGGGAGCCGGCGGAUCACCCGCACUGCCCGCGCCUGCUGGAGCGCACCGCGCCGCGACGCCUGGCGGCGGCGGACAGGCGGCUGACGCGGCUGCUGGUGAACGUGACGGUGGACCGGAGCCUGUGGCCCGUGCACCUCGUGCUGGGCGCCGACGCCACCGUGGCCGACCUCGUGCGCGCCGCCGUCGCGGCCUACGCGCGCGAGGGCCACCGGCCGCCGCUCCAGCCCGGGGGCGCGGCGGGCGGCGGCGACCCGGCCGACGGCUUCGAGCUGCAUUUCUCCAAGUACUCCCUCGAGAGUUUGAGUCCCGAGGAGAAGGUCGUGGAUCUGGGGUCUCGCAACUUCUUCCUCUGCGCCCGGAGAUCCCCAGCCGCUGCGUGGGCUUGAUUUGAUCGACCAAGCAUCACAUCGCCGUAGCAGAUUGCAAGUUACAGUAGCUAGCAGCAGAGGUUAAGUUAACCUGAACCACAUCGAGCGAGGCACCUUGAUUUUCCUUUUCAAAGUUCAAAUUUGUAGAGAAUGGGUGGGUAUGUGAUUAUGUUCCCAUGUGGAUCCCGCCCAAGCUGCUGCUUCUUCUUCCUGGCCUC